AUGCCUCACACGAUCCCCCCCACCUUUGUCGAGACCGCUGCUGUCCAUCCUGUAGGAAGUGAGUACCUUACCUAUCAUCACGCGUCGACGGCGACUACGGAUGGAGUCGAUAGUUGCUUUGCCUAUCCGGUUUCCGCAACGUCAGCUGCGCGUGAGAGCUGAUGACAUCCAUACAUCUCGUUAAUCACAGCUACCGUGGAUCACCAUACCGCGUAAGUUGCACAUCACUGCAUCAGAUUUGUUGGGUUUUCGUCUUGAUUGGCAAUCUUCGAUGAGAGACGGAGACCCAUGGCAUCGCUUGUUCAAUCAAGUGUUUUUUUUUUUUCACUUCAGCUGAAAUUCUUCUCUCUACAAUUGUAUGUAUAAACUAGGUACCCCACCGGCGAAGCCGUCGUCCCUGCCACGUACAACGACGCUUCCCCAGCCCACACCCCCUCGGAUGAACGCUCGCGAUCCAAGUCGCGUGACCCCUUCUGGAAGCGCACCUCUCGCUCGCAAUCGCGUGAACCGGAGUAUAAAAAUUCGCAACAAACCUCGGCGACGUUCGGUCAAAUCCACGCCGCGCAAGCCUCGACCGAGGCGGGUGAGCACGGAUCAAAGUCCCGCUCGGUGUCACACAUUCGUCAGAUGGUCAAGGCGAUCGCCCAUGAUCCUUUCUUCCACCGAGCUUCGGCGCACCAAACCGAGGAGGAACGUGCCGCCGAGUUGCACCAGGUCAUCCUCGGCGAGAUCCAAGCCGCCAAGGCGAGCACCGCCGCCGGCCAGGUCGUUCGCGAGAAGCGCCACGCCAGUCGCAGCAGGAGUCGCGUUCGUGAGGCCGUGCACGGUCUCCUCCAGAAGCCCGACCAUGAGACCAAAGGCACCGAAGCGAGCAAUUAG